UGAUUGGAGUGUAGCUAGUGAUUAGCAAUGGCAAUUCCGCUUGGGGCUAAGCUUAUCAUCCUACCGGCGUCCAUCAUUGGUCUCCUUGCUUCAGUCAGCACCGGCGGAAACAUACCGUAUACAAACGACAUUCUUAAUUUUGGUGAGUCACUCAACAAUGGAAACAAUAGAUGACCAUGCAGAACGACUGCAACCUGGUCUUAUAUGACAAUGACAGUGCUGUGUGGGCAUCCGGCACAUAUAGGAAGGGCGUUGCCUGCUAUCUCAAAAUGCAGAGUGACGGAAACCUUGUUAUCUACGGUUACAGUGGAGCAGUUUGGGCAACCAAUACCAUCAAAGGAGAAGGACAGUAUGUAUGCAUUCUGCAAAGUGAUCGGAAUGUUGUCAUCUAUGGUGGAGCAUUGUGGCAGUCUCGAACUAAUACAAUCACAGCCAGUGUUGUCAUAGACAGCAAGAUUACAAAUGGUCUCAAUACGACCGAGGAGGCCUCCCACCGAGUGGCGAGUUCUGAACCCGGAAUAGGUGGGAGGAAACUCGCUAAGAUGUGAUGUUGUGAUCAUAAAUCCCAUGAUGAGUGAUUUAUGUAUUUAGUAGUGUUUUCGUGUGCUAAUGAAAAAAUA